AUGUCGUUGGGAAUCCUUCGAUCUCGCGCUAUUUCAUUCGCAUCGAAGCGAUUCCUCUGCACCAAUGCAGCUUCCGCUCCUCUUCCCCCUCCUCCUUCUGCCGCCUCUCCAAGCCGCUGGAACUUCCUCAAAUACGCCGUCAUCGGCACUCUUACCGGAGCCACCGGCUUUGCCGGUUACGCCUCUUACGCUUACAGCUUGGAGGAAAUAGAAGAGAAAACGAAGUCCUUCCGUGAAUCUGCCAAGAACACUGCUGGUGAUGGAGCCACUGCGCUCGACAAAUUUCAAGGUUUGCUCUACUCAACUGCAAUGACUGUGCCUGCUAAAGCAGUAGAGCUUUAUUUGGAUGCAAGAAGGCUGGUUGAAGAACAAGUUAGGAGUUAUACUGAACCAUACACAGACAAGCUCCUUCCUGAUUUGCUUCCUCAGGAGCAACAUGUGUUUACACUUGUUCUUGAUCUCAACGAAACAUUGAUUCACUACAUUUGGACGCGAGAUACAGGUUGGCAGACUUUCAAAAGACCUGGAGUCGAUGCCUUCUUGGAACAUUUAGCUCAGUUCUACGAAAUAGUGGUUUACACAGACGAACAGAAUAUGUUUGUUGAUCCUGUCAUAGAAAGGCUGGAUACCAAACAUUGCAUUAGAUAUAGGCUGUCAAGGCCAGCUACUAAGUAUCAGGAUGGGAAACACUUCAGAGACCUUUCAAAAUUAAACAGAAAUCCAGCAAAAGUCCUUUAUUUCAGCGGCCAUGCUCUGGAAACUUGUCUACAACCUGAGAACUGUGUUCCUGUUAAGCCCUGGCAGCAGCAAGAUACAGAUGACACGGCUCUUUUGGAUUUUAUACCAUUUCUUGAGUUUGUUGCCCGUAGUAGUCCAUCUGAUAUUAGACAAGUGCUAGCAUCUUACGAAGGAUGUGAUAUUCCAAGUGAAUUUAUCAGACGUUCCAAAGAGCAUCAGAGGAGAAUGCAAGAACAGAAGCAUCGUGGUCGCUUCUGGAAAUAA